AUGUUCACACCCAGGUUGUUCAUUUUGGGAAAGCACUCAGACUUUGUUUUCACUGAAAAUACAAAUUCUCAAGGAGAUAUGGAAAAGAGUCUGUUAAAUGAAAGUGACUGUUUAACUAGCCUAAUGUUGAACUCAAGUUUAUUUGAUAAAACUGAUAAUCCCAGUGAACAUGAUAAUGAAAUGGCCAAUAUAAAAUCAAGUCCUGGUGUAUCCAAGUCUUCAGUUUCAAAAGAAUGUUUUGACUUACUGACCGAAUUUGAAAUGGAAAACAGCGAACCUUUCAAUGAACUUGAACUAGAUUGUGCCCAAUAUGUAGCUGGAUAUGUUGCUAACCGUUUUGCUAACAAAUAUCCAGAACUUAUCACACAAAUUGAUGAUAAAACUGUUAGUUGUUGGACUAGUUUUAGAUCAAAGGGUGGUUUGAAAAUGCCUUCUGACAAUAUGAUGGAGGCUGUCAGAAAAUUAGAAAUAGAAUUUCAAAAAGCUUCAUCAAAAUAA